UGGGCGAUGGCGGAUUCUCGGAUUGGGGAGAUAGGAGUGAGGAAGGUUAGAUUUAUGAAUUCGAGGUCGUGGAAGGCCGGUGUUGAAUAUUGAGAUGCGAGCGGGCGAAUACAAGAAAGUUAAUGCCGUUGUUGAGGUCAGUGGAUCUCCGAAAUGUUGAGAUCAACCGAAGUGGCACCGGUGACCCUAAUACCUUCAUGGACAACGGCCAAUUUUUUGAUACAGCAUGUAGCAAGUACCUUAUGAGUACGGUAUGAGACUACAAUUACACUGUGACCUUGAAGGGUUGAAGCGGAGGUGACAUUUGAAGAGUCAAUAGGAUCAUAACGAGGAACUCUCCGAUUAGCCCCCCCUAACCCUAUUCCUCUCACGCCAUCCGAUAUGUCGUUCAUUCGCAUUCCCUGCGGUUCGAUAUCGCGCAUCUCAAUAUCUCGUCUCACAUCGAACCCAGCGACAUCAAUACCGAUCCACCAGCUCAAGCGCCAGUUCCUCCCCUCCCAAUUCCGACAUGCCUCGACCCGAGCCCCCCCAUCUGCCCGAAAGCCGCUCCCCAAGCCUGGUUCUCCCAAACGCUCACCCUCUUCACAAACCCCUCCACGCCAACCCUCGAAACCGCCAACGCUCAAAUCCACCCCCAAACUCGUCGCUGCGCGCCCACCCACCACCACCCCCCGGGCCUCCGAACCGCUUGUCCUCUACUACUGGCCCCUCUCCCGCAGCUACCGCUUCUGGGCCUGGAUGGUCUUCGGCACCGCCACGGUGACGGCCGUCACCCUCGUCUGGUCGGGCGACUACGACCUCGUCGACCACCCGACGCUCUACCUCUCCGUGAACAUGAUCUUUGGCGUCCUCCUCCUCUUUAUCGGCGGAAACUUCCUCUCCAACCCUCGCGCCGUCGCGUCCAAGGUGUCAUUCACCAGGGGAGUGCGCGGACAGUCGAUUGUGUCGGUCGAGAUGCGGCGGAUGAUCCCGUUUAUGAAGCCGUUGGUUGCGGAGGCGGAGUUGAGGGACGUGAGUGUCAAUACGCGGUUCGCGGCGACGGCGGAGGAUCUGAAAGUGAUCAAGGCGUUGCGGGCGGGCGAGGCGGACGGCGCAAGGGUGGCGUCGGCGCCGAGGGGUUCGGGGGUGAAGCGGGCUUUUGCGGACCUGAGGUUGUUGAUGGCGGGGUCGCCGGCGGAGCUGAGGAUGAGGAAGGGGAGGUUCGGUUUGGCGGAGCAUGGACAGUUCUUGGAUGGUGGUGAAGGUAAGGGACCGGUUGGGAGAAACGAAGUGUUGCGCGAACCGUACUGACCGUGUGACUUCUAGCGAUGGAUAAGCUGAUCCCUUUGACGACGACGAAGCUUGCGUCACGGAAAUAACUGCAAGUAUUGAGAAGGGCUAGUGGAGGGUCUCUCAUCUCCAUGACCUAUGGUCUAUUGAAGGUGCAAAUAGACCGAGUGAUUGGGUGUGAAGAACCACGAUGGAUGGUUUUGCAUCCUAACCAAGGGUCGAUAUGAGUUAAAGUAGCCCAGAUGUACCAACAACUGUAUUAAUUUACUACAAGGUCAAGGUACCUUAGCUUGGAUUGUACAUGACACCACUGAUUGACAUUGCUCUCUUGGAUUGCCGAUGCCUUCCAAGCACUGAUUGAAGAUUUCAUAAUUGCCGGCAGAAAUAUGGUCCAUCCGAUCAUGGAGCAGAAGUGUUAUGCAAUGAGAAAC